UUGAGUUCUCCAGCAGCUCCACUACAGAACUGAGAGACUAGGUUAUAUGGAGAACGUCGCGAGGAGGGAACAGGGGCUUCACGAGGAGAAAUCUGAUGGACUUUACAGCGCGAGAUCCUGCUGCACACCGUGACAUGUGCCAGGGGCGCGCGUGAGGCGGCGCUGGGUAUGUGGCUUUGUGUCCGGCUGGAUGAGCAGACUGAAGAUCUGACCUGCUGGACUGAGUGAAGGUCUUACAGACAGAUCUUCUACAGAGCAUCAUGGGUGAAGUAGUGAUUGUGAAGGAGGGAUGGCUUCACAAACGAGGUGAGUACAUAAAGACGUGGAGGCCGAGAUAUUUCCUGUUGAAGAGCGACGGGACAUUUAUCGGAUACAAAGAACGGCCGCAGGACGUGGACCAGCUGGAGACUCCGCUCAAUAACUUCUCAGUGGCACAAUGUCAGCUGAUGAAGACAGAGAGACCCAAGCCGAACACCUUCAUCAUCCGCUGCCUGCAGUGGACCACGGUGAUCGAGCGCACGUUUCAUGUGGAAACUCCUGAAGAGAGGGAGGAGUGGACAAAGGCUAUUCAGGCCGUGGCUGAUGGGCUGCAGAAGCAGGAGGACGAGAGGAUGGAGGCUUCGUCUGUUCCCAUGGAUACAGAUACGGAGAUGAGCCUGGCCAAACCUCGUCUCAGAGUGACGAUGCAUGACUUUGAAUACCUGAAGCUGCUGGGAAAAGGCACGUUUGGAAAGGUGAUUUUGGUGAAGGAGAGAGCGACCGGUAAAUACUACGCCAUGAAGAUCCUCAAGAAGGAUGUGAUCGUGGCUAAAGAUGAAGUAGCUCACACACUCACAGAGAACCGAGUGCUGCAGGGCUCCAAACACCCGUUCCUCACGGGUCUGAAGCACUCGUUCCAGACUAAUGACCGGCUCUGCUUCGUUAUGGAGUACGCUAAUGGAGGGGAGCUUUUCUUCCAUUUAUCUCGAGAUCGAGUGUUUUCUGAAGAGAGAGCGUGCUUCUACGGGGCAGAGAUCGUCUCCGCUCUGGAUUACCUGCACUCAGAGAAAAAGGUGGUUUAUCGGGACCUGAAGCUGGAAAACCUGAUGCUGGAUAAAGACGGACACAUAAAGAUCACAGACUUUGGCCUGUGUAAAGAGGGAAUCACAGAAGGAGCCACGAUGAAAACGUUCUGUGGGACUCCUGAGUACCUGGCUCCGGAGGUUCUGGAGGAUAACGAUUACGGUCGAGCGGUGGAUUGGUGGGGUUUGGGGGUGGUGAUGUAUGAGAUGAUGUGCGGUCGGCUGCCGUUUUACAAUCAGGAUCACGAGAAGCUGUUUGAGCUGAUCCUGAUGGAGGAGAUCCGCUUCCCCCGAACACUCAGCCCCGAGGCCAAAGCUCUGCUCGCUGGACUUCUAAGAAAGACCCCUAAGCAGCGGUUAGGUGGCGGGCCUGAGGACGCUAAAGAGAUCAUGCAGCAUAAGUUCUUCUCUGGUAUUGAGUGGAAGGACGUUUAUGAGAAGAAGCUCACUCCACCCUUCAAGCCCCAAGUAACGUCAGAAACAGAUACGCGGUAUUUUGACGUGGAGUUUACAGGACAGACCAUCACCAUCACCCCCCCAGGGCAAGAUGAAAGUAUGGAGUCGUUUGACAGUGACAGGAGACCCCAUUUCCCCCAGUUCUCAUACUCAGCCAGCGGAACAGCAUAACACGCACUGUGGAUGGACCACCACCCCCCCACACUCACAGACGGACCGGGUCAGUGAAUCAGCUCCCAUAAUGCACCACUCUGCACAUGAACGUGAUCAGUGCAGCUGAAUAUUAGAGCUGUGUGUUCAUCAUCAGAGAGACAGAGACUGUGGUCAGUGUGGUCAAUCUGACUGAAUCUGUGAGCUCUUUUCUCUGUUUCUCUCCUUUUGUUCUUUAUUUUCUGUUUUCUGUAAUGUGUGAUGUUCACUCUUGUCACCUCUCUGGCUUCAUCUGACCUGAAGAUCCCCCCUCUGACUGAGACCCGCUUCAUACACGCUAUUACAGGAACGAUUCAGCGGAUAAUCAGAAUCAGAUGACACAUGUUCUGUGUUCACUCCAAUUUAGCUCACACUAGAAAUCAAUAAUCACUCAAAUCUUUUCUGUAAAUACUUCCCAAAAUGUCUGUGGGCCUGCAUCCAGGUCUUCGUGAAGGUGGAGCAGACUGUGGGUGUGGUUUAGAGCUCAGUGUGACUCACUGUGACUGAUCUUUGUUUGAUCUUUAAGAUGAACUAAACACUCUGUGAAUUCAGUCAUUCAUUCAGUCAUUUAUUCAGUUAUUCAUUCGGUCAGUCAGUCAUUCGUUCAGUUAUUAAUUCAUUCUGUCAGUCAUUCAUUCAGUAAUUUCUUUCAGUCAGUCAGUCAUUGAGUUAUACAUAAACUCAUUCAGUCAUGCAUUCAGUUAUUCAUUAAUUCAGUCUUUCAUUCAGUCAGUCAUUCAGCCAGUUAUUUAAUCAUUAAGUCAGUUAUUCAUUAAAUCAGUCAUUCAGUCAGUCAUUCAUUCAUUCAUUCACAGUUCUCCACUCACAAAGUGCAGUAUGGUUAUAAAACUGUCCCAUUCAGUCACAGCAGGUUGAGCCAGAUGUGCUCCAGAUGCUUUGAAUCAUUCAGGACUGUGAGGAGAAAAAUUUACCUGAAAAACUAAUGAAGCCACAUAAACUGAGGUUCUCAGCAGCGCAUCCAUCACUGUUCCGUCACUGUUCCCGUCUGCUGGCAGAACAUGAUUAUCAGUUUGAUUGUUUAUCAGAGCCCACGUUAACAUUCUCUUACCUGAUUACAGAUCUGAUAUGUGGCCGUGAGGAGCCGAGCGCUCAGAGGAGCCGCCAGAGUUCUCCAUCCUGAUCUGUGUGUGUGUGUUCAUUAUAAAGCAACACAAAACUUAUAAUCUCACUGUGGAGGUCAGUGAGCUCUCCAUCCUGAUCUCCUCCUGCUGUAUCUGUAGAGAACAGUCAGACAGUGACGGCACCGUCUUUCUCAUCUUAUAAAGGAACACAAAACCCACUUAUAAUCUCACCUUUAAACCCACUUAUAAACUCACUUAUAGACUCACUGUAGAGGUCAGUGGGCAGACGCUGAACGGUUAGUAAACGUUUAUGCUAAUUUGUUUCUGUGGAACACUUUUAUAAAUGUAUAAAUUCAUUGAUAUUUGAUAAAAUAAAUGUCAGUCUGAACAUCUGCACUGUUAGAGAAGAACAGCUGGAGUUUCACAUUUUGUGUUCAGUUUGUUUUCCUAGUGUUUAUUCACAGAAUUCAGCGGCCGCUCUAAUCAGUGAGUGCUGAGACAGCGAGUCUUCUGUUCUUUGAUAAGUUCAAGAAAAUUAAACUCAGUGGAAACUGACCAACGCUACAGAUAGAAAUACAGCAAAGAGGUCAGAUUAGAGAACACUGCUGUGGUCCGGAAUCAUAAAUCCUGCAGUUGGAACUGUUCUUUAAUCUGGACACACAGAACCACACAGAGCAGGUUAGACCUCUCACAGUACUGAAGUCUCAGACCAUCUGAGGAUACGACCUGUAGAGCUGUUUAUCUGGACAGUGAGAGUUUAUAUGUUCAAAAACAAAUUAACAUUAGAAUAAACACGCAUAAGCUGAUCAAUGUCCAAAGUUCUCCUCAAGAAACUCCAGUAUUUACAGUUACCAUCCAGUACCUGCUCUAUCUAAUCAAUACUUCAUUAAAUUAAAGCCGGUGCUGCUGAUGGACCUCAUACCCCCAAGACUAAAGACAUCCAAACGCACAAACACAAGCACAAACUCCACACAUUUCCUGUGUCAGGUCAGUUAGAGCAUCUGCUGUGUUACAUCAGAGGUUAUUUUAAAACAAUCAAUUAGAUAUGGAUUAAUUUCAUCUUAAAUUCACUAUUUCCAGAUUUCCAUGCACUUAAAAACAAGUGGUAUGCAAAUAGAAAAAUCUUUGGGUCACACAGAUACUGCAUCGUUCAGGAACAGAUUAACUCUCAGAGCUGAACAAACUUUGAUCCUAAAGGUUCAGCUCAACCCAAAGACAAAACAAACGAACUGUUGGAAGAAGCUCCAACUCCAAGACUAGCAUAAAAAAGCCAGACUGAAGUUUGCAGGUGAUCACCAGGACAAAUGCCGGGCCUUUUGGAGGAACUGUUUGACCGUAAAGAUCAGAGCUGUGUGCAGAUGAAGCUUUUAAUCGAACACAAUCAUAUAUGUGAAGCAUGGUGGUGUCAGCAUCAUUUUGUUGGGGGGUGUUUUGGUGGACAAAGGGACUGGAGCACUUUAAGCAUCUUGAUGAAGGAGGGCUAUCUAGAAAUAUUCAAGCAGCACCUCAAAACAUCAGCCAGAAUAGUUUAAAGGUGACAAAGUGAAAGUUUUGGAGUGACCAUCAGAAAGUCCUGACCUGGAUCCCACAGAAAACCUGUGGACUGAACUGAGAAAGCGUCUCCAAGCAAGAAGACCCACAAACCUGACUGCGCUACAGCUCUUCUUUCAGGAGGAACACGCAAAAAUGUAA